CCACAUCAUUAAAUCAUCUAUCUCUCCAGCUACUAGCUCUAGUUAUGUUCCUUAGAAACCUUGCAUGAAAACCUAUUGCUUUUGAGGAUCAUGGCUAAGCAAUCUACUGCAAGAAUGGUUUUCUUUGCUGUGUUGAUGGGUCUUGCAUUAAGUGUUCUAGCACGACCAACUUUGCAGAAGAAGGUUGAGAGUCGCCUUCUUUUACAAGAACUAGGCUACAAUGAAAAAAAGCUGGUGCAUUAUCGGUAUGUUUUCGCAUCAACUAUAGAUAAAGACAGGCUUUCACCCGGUGGACCUGAUCCUGAACACAACUCUGGCCCCCCGAAGAUGUCUUAAGCAUAUAUAUUGUUCUUUGUUGUCUUAAUAUGUAGCUUAAGAUCAACACAUAUUGCACUAUGUGUACGAAUAAAAAAAUGCAAUAUGC